AUGGGCAAGAUCACAAAGGCGAUGCAGCCUAAGCAUCGAGAAACUCUGUCUCCAUGGCUAAAGCUUUACGUCGAGUCUGCAUCAACAGCCCCGUUGCCCCUCCUUCCGCAGCAGCUUGCUGAUUUCCCGACGAGGUGGCCCUUCGGGCGCGGAGACCUAUACCACUGGAUUCCAUUGUUAAACCGAUUCGAUAGCGUGCUCGAGUAUUUCUGCAAGGUCUAUAAAUUGAAUGAAGGCCCUCAACAGCGUGAUUUUGGGUGCGAUGUGCUGCUCAAUCAUGCAAAGGACUCGACAUUCGAGGGCGAAAAGCAGUGGGAGCUGGCUGACCUCCUCCAGCUCAGCUUUCCCCCAGAUGGUGACAGAGUGCUGAUCGAAGCUGUUCUAAAGUUUACUCGUAUGUUGCUAGAGCACUGCGGAAAUCGCAGCAUCUACGCCAGCAGUGCUCACCUCAACGACCUUCUCAACUGCACUCCCGCUUCUGUUCUCAUUGCCACGCUCGAGGUCGGCUCUGAGUUAGCACAGAGAUAUCAGGCAUCGGUUAAGCGGAUAGGCAGUGCCUCCCGACACAUCAGUGCCGCACUGCUUGCAAAUCAUUACAACAUCGACCUGGACCGUGUCCAGCAGAUUGCACUGCCGUUUGUCAAAACGCCCAUCUUCACCCUUUCGGACCCCCCCUCGACUAGCACGCCUGCUGCUGCAUCAAAGGGAAAGGAUAAGGCGGCUGCAGGAGGCGGCAGUAGAAAUGUAGCCACCAUGCACGCCAAUGAUCUAGUCGCCAUCACCACGUCUGAUGACAACCGAUGGAAUGCUUGGGGUGAUGUCAAGGUUUUCUACUACCCUCAAGAAACCACCUCAUUGCAGCAUGACGUUCCAGCAGAGACGGGGCGGUCGAAUCUACCCUCGACUCCCACUCCGCUACGCCGAAGCACAACGAUGAAUGUUCAGCACACUCCGAGGGCUCGAAAUGUUACUGCUGGCGAGGAACCAUCCCCUCUUGGGCCGCGAACUUCGGGAUUUGCGGAUGACCAUUCUUCGUCUGGCCAAAAGGCGUUUGAGUUGCCCCAAUCCGUCGUUGCCUCCCACUCGAUCUAUGAACUCGUUACCAGAUGCCCCGAUGAUAUGCCCCAAGCGGCCAAAUAUGAGGCGUUUCAUCGCUUGAGAGUAGCCAAGGCUCUCAUCAGUUCCCAGGACUCAAGACAGCAAAUUCUAGCAACCCGGUUGCUGGCGAUAACCAAUCUGGCGUACAUACAUUCCGAGUCUAACUUCGUUGAGAAAGUCCUUCGUCAAGAUAUUGACGAAACCCGUCGAUUCCAGCUUGUGUAUCAGCUUGCUGAGCUGAUCCAUCCAUCCACCGAUGGUGCAAUCGACGUCCCUUUGAGGCUGCAGACCAUUGCCCUUGCGCUCCUCGAAGCGGUAUCGAGCUUUCACGCUCGAUGUCAAGAUGUCUUGUCGGCCCUGAAUGCGAAUGUUAAUCACGGAAUACUUCUUUACGUCAUCAGAAAAGCGGUUGCUGGAAUGACUGACACCAAUGCCGGAGACGACAGUGAUAAAAUGAAUGAGAUCGAUGAAUGGCGGAACAAUCUCUUUUCGCUUACCUUGCACUUGUCUAUGGCCACUCGUGUGGGCAGUGAAAUGGUCUCGGCUGGCUUAAUGGAUAUCCUUGUCGAAAUUCUUAAUAUUCGGUCCAUCAUUGCUCAGCGCCAUCAUUCGAUGGUUCUUGCCUUCCUAGAUGGUUUAAUCUGGACCUAUCCGAAUGCAUUUACUGCGUUUUUCAAUGCCGAUGGAUUGGAUGCCGUUGCCAAGCUGAUUGUUGAUACCAUUGGUGAAGCUCGCAGCUUGCUUCAAGCAUCCAAGGGCAUCAAGCCAGACCAACAAUCCAGUGCUGUUGACUACGAGAUUCCUUACUACCAACAACAGACGCUCAAAUGGAUCCUGAAAUUUGUUCACCACAUCAUGUCCAAUUCGUAUAGCUAUAGUGGCAAUACGGACCGGCUCCUGCGAAAUCUUGCCGAGAAGUCUGACUUGUUGGCUAAUUUGAGGGACAUCAUAAACGACAAGAAGAGCUUCGGCUCGGUUGUCUGGACAAAUUCGGUUACCAUCCUCAGUGAUUUUAUCAAUAAUGAUCCAACGAGCUUCGCUGCUAUUUCCGAAUCAGGUAUGAUCAAGACGUACCUUGAAGCCAUUACUGGACGGCCUAUUCCCGAAAGUUAUACCGCACGGCUUAAUCGACGUGUGGCAGCUGAAGGCGGGGAGCCUGGUACUGCGGAUGUCUCUGUCUCCGCAAUAACAUCAAUCACUGAUCUCGAUAGCCGGCCACACCCUCCCACGGACGAGACCGCUCGACAGUCGUUUGGCCGGCCGGUUGCAACAGGCAUCCUGGCAUCUUCUGAUGCUAUCAAUGUUGUCCCUCAAGUUCUAAACUCCAUCUCUCUCAACAACGCGGGCAUGCAUUUAGUGGUCGCCUCUCGAGCGAUCGAGAGCUUCUUGGAAGUCUUUGAGAGUCCGGCGCAUGUGAAAUGCAUGGAGACAGAUGCUGAGCUCGCAAGUAACGUUGGCGCUAGUUUUGACGAGCUUGCGCGACAUCAUCCGCCCUUGAGGAAAGCGAUAGCUAACGCAGUGAUUGACAUGGUCGCCCGAGUACGCAUGCUAGGCAUCGAGAAGGCUCGACUCGCAGGCUGGGGAGUUAAAAUGCUCCCUAUUGGCAACCUUCAAAUCGCAGCUGAAUCAACUGCAGCAGCCGGCGCAUCUAAAUCACUGCAAGAAUCCGACGUGGACAUGUCUGAAACUGCCGUGUCUCAGGGCCUGGAAGCCGACAAGCGUGCCGAAACUGAACGGGAAUCUCCCUACGAGUCAUAUACGCCUUAUAUUUAUGCUCUCUCCACCUUCCUAACCACAUACCUGUCCAACAAUGUGUUGAAGAAUAGCUUUGUCGAUAGGGGUGGCAUUGAGUUUCUUCUUGACAUGUGCCAAUCCCCUAGCCUUACGGCUGGGUACGGCGAUUCCAUGGCAUCUCGAGUCCUUAACCAAGUCGUCUCUCAACUCAUUGAACACGGUGCUGCCCAAGGCUUAACGUCUCUGCUCUACCGGGCUCAGCGUGCCAUUGACGUGCUGGAACCAUUAUCAACGAAGACGGAGGCAGUCCCUCCUUAUUUUGCGCCCUUCCUGGCGCCUGAUUUAGGUAUUGAAUACACCAGCGCCGAGGCGGCCACUAUAAUUGCAACAGGGACAGAUAUUGUCAAAGCCCUACUCAACGCCCAGACUUUUAUCAAAAUCAUAUCUGAUUGUUUCGCUUCCUCGAGAUCAAACUCACUUCAGUUCUACCCCAUCAAUGUCUACGACUAUUAUCAAAAACUGGUAACCUCGAUCGGACCACUGUUACGUGGAGUCUUAGCAGAAGAAGCGGGUGAACUUACGGCUGUCCCCCAGCAUUGGUCUUUGAGACGUCAGUCGCCACCGACGGAAGGCGGCAACAGAGGCAGCGGUGCCGAUGCUGAAGCCGACGAUACCUCAUUGCCCGACGUUCUCGGCGGUACGGAUGGUUGGAGACCUAACGAUGGAGCUGAUAACUCUACGGCUGCCCGUCCGACGGAGCAGGAGCAAGCCAGCCCUAGAUUUCAAAACUACGAAACGCUUCGAAUCCUGCUACACCCAAUGAUUCCUACGUCAUUCCCUCUUUUCCAGACUAUAGGCAAGGCGUUGCUACCCAGGCGUGAGUCGAAUCACGGUGACCCGUACCACCGACCACGCCAUUUGGAGAUUGCAAGGGCGCUUGCUGAUACGGUUCUCGACCACCUUGGACCAUCUGUGGCAACCCCAGAGCCAACAUCUAAAGAUUUCCACUAUUGGAUCAUCAUGCUACACACUAUCCACGAGAUGUUGAUUGACCACCCUUCAGCUCGUCAAACUGACCGCUCGAACGUGCAAAUUAUCAUGCCUGUUCUUCUCGCAUUCAAGGAACGCCAUGGAAUUAGCGUACUCAAUUCCAUGCUUCGUGUUUUCGCAAAGACAGUAAAGAGUUCUAGCGCAGCUACUGCCGACGAGUCUUCAAAGGUCAAGGUUGCCGCUUUUGGUUUGAAGAAGAUACUAGACUUGUACUUCAUUUUAGUCAACGGGAAGUACAUCGCCGACACGCAUAGUUUCUUCAACCUUCAGCGACAAACAGAUCGAUCACAGGUUGUCCCAAAUAUCCACAGUCAAAUUACCGUCGAAUUCAGGGCGCUCAUACUCCCCGUUGUAAUGGAGCUUUGGGAUUCUGAGUUUGUGGAGCGAGUUCCAGAUCAGACUGUGAAACGACUUGUGGACAUUCUGAAGAUGGUGUCGCUGGGUGAGAAUGAACUGCUGGUAAUGCCAAAGGAUAAGGUUCCUUUUAUGCUUCUCAAUUAUUCAGACGCGAGAUUUAACUGGCGCGCCGUCAGAGUUCUUGUUCGUCAGCUUGCUGACGACUAUGAUGAAGAUUUGGCACAGGAGGCUGUGUAUCGUACCCUUGGCAACGUUGUUACCGCCCCGGCAUACUGUACUGCACACGAGUCAGAGAUAGCAGGCGCUCGAAACCCUGUGCCUCCUGAAGAUGCACCAGAUGCCGCGUCUUUGGCAGAAGGGGCUACACCAACGACUACUAGCCGAGAUCCCAGUGGCACUCGUGCACCAGACCCGGAGGCAAUGUCACUGGAUACAUCCCCCGAUACAUCCGCAGAAACCUUGGAUGAUCUGAUCUCUCGCCUUCCCGAGAACAAUGAACUGGCGGGUGAGAGCAGCGCUGAUACGGCACCAAAGGUUGCGGAACCCGCCCCCCCUAGCGGAGAAGAAAACUCAGCAACUACUCAAUAUACCGCAGCCGUUUUCAACUCACUCAAGGUAGACCUUGACAAUCAGCGAUCAAAGCUACGAGAAAAUCUGAUUGAUCAGUGCCUUGACGUCAUUCGCGCCCAUCCAGAUACGGCGAUUGAGGUGUCCGAGCUUAUCACCACUGUUGUUCUGCGACAUCAAAAUGCCGAUGCGCACGAAGAAGUUGGAUCUACGCUUACGUAUGCCCUGGCAUCUCUUGCUCUGGAUGAAGACGAGAAAAAGCGUAAUGGAAAGUGCAUCGCUGCAUAUGCCCAUCUACUUGCGCUCUUGCUGCAAGAUGAGAUGUUUUUUAGCCGAAACAUUGACACUUUGCGUGAUAAGAUUGGUGACUAUAUAGCGUUUCUCAAAGUCCCGCCAUCUACGCCGACUGAGGAGCUACCCCCUUGGAUCCCUUUUAUACUGCUCGUACUAGAGACGUUGCUGAACCACGAUGAGAAACCGGUUGCUGUUCAAUGGAAGGCGCCCAAGUCUCUAGAUGAGACCGUUUCGGAGCCCAUCAUCCAGCUUAGAACGCCUUUGCUUGAUGACCAGCAACGAUCCAAUGUCCUGGAGUCCCUACUGGAUUUACUCCCCCGUAUAGGGAAGGAGGAGAUGCUGGCGACUGCUAUUCUGCGGGUUCUUAUCAUCCUUACUCGUAGGCGUCCGCUGGCGAAGCAAGUUGGUGAGAAGAAGAAUCUUCAGAGACUCUUCCUCAUGGCUAAGCAAAUGUCUGGUUCGGGAUCUGAACGUCUUAGGCAGACCAGGCUGACUGCUCAUCUCAUUACUAUCCUCCGCCACAUUGUUGAGGAUGAAGACGUUAUCAAGCAAAUAAUGAGAGCAGAAAUCAAGUCGGACCUUCCCAACCUUCAACGUACUCAGCGCGGCCAUUUGGAUGUCUCCACCUACCUUAGGGCGAUGGCACCUGUUGCUCUUCGUGCGCCUGAUCUCUUUGUUGAAGUAACCAACGAGCUGCUUCGGUUCUCACGCUGGAAUGCGCCCACAACCGAAGGUUCCCGAUCCCAAGCCCUGGUUUGGAAGGAACAAGAAGAAGGGAAUGCGAAUGUUACUCAAACAGACUCUGAGGAGGUUCAGAAAGAUGAUGUCAAGCAGUCGACUGAGUCAGGAGAUAAGGAAAUGCCAGACGCGCAUAAGUCACAUCAUGAUAGCAAACGCCCGGUGGUCGAAAAUCCGGACGGAGUCAUCCAUUUCCUUCUUUGCGAGUUGGUCAAUUAUCGAGAGGUUGAAGACAAGGAGGUACCAACGGUCAGCAAAGAAGGGAAAGUAGAGAGCGAGUCAACAGUCAGUGCUGAAAUCCUGGAUACCUCUUCUGUCGAUGGCGUGGCUGUCGAUGGUAAGGACAAGAAACCACAAAAGCCUACGUUCAAAUCAGAAGAACACCCCAUCUUCGUGUAUAGAUGCUUUUUGCUUAGCUGCUUAGCUGAGCUCCUGCAAAGCUACACUAGAACAAAGGUGGAAUUCAUUAACUUCAAACGUAGUGCUCCUCCUCUAACUACCAACACUCCUGUCAAACCGAGGUCAAGCAUUCUCAAUUACCUGAUAUACGACUUGCUGUGCCAGAGCAACCUGAGCGGCACGUCGGACAAUAUUGCAUCCAAGAAGAAGGCGGCAACUUCAUCGCAGACUCAAAAAGUUUUGGUUGCGUUGGUUUCGAAAACCAAUGAGAAAGUGUUCGAACGCAAGCAAGAAAAAUACGCAUAUGACGACGAGCCAGAUCUGCUUUUCGUUCGCAAAUUUGUUCUCGACACUAUAUUGAAGGCGUAUGAGAAGGCACCACUUACCGAUGAACCACUAGAGGUUCGCUAUGCUAGGAUGCAGUGCCUAGCUGAGCUGAUGAACCACAUGAUCGGAGAGAAAGAUAAAGAGCAAAACUCUGGGUCUCGCAAUGCCGAUAAUAUUCAGACAAGAUCCCAAGCGCAGCUGCGGCGGCUCAUGUACGAGAAGGGCUACCUGGAUAAGCUUACAUCGUCCAUUGCCGAGAUUAACCUAAAUUUUCCGGGAGUCAAGCGGGCGAUUAAGUAUAUUCUGCGUGUGCUUCGAGUUUUGACCGAUACUGCGAAAGAACUCAGUCAUUCGAAUAUCUUGGUAUCCGACUCACAGGCUGACCAAAGCGACGAGGAUUUUGCAUCUACUUCAUCCCUGUCAGACCUAGAUGAGGGUCGGGAGGAGACUCCCGACUUAUACAGAAACUCCGCUCUCGGCAUGCUUGAACCUCGUGGGGAGGAUGAUGAAUCCGAAUCCGAGGAAGCAGAUGACGACGACGAGGAUAUGUACGGGGAUGAAUACGAUGACGAUGAGAUGGAUUACGGUGACGAGGGUAUGUCGGAUGAUGAAGACAACAUCAGCGACGAAGAUGAAGAGCUUGGUGAAAUGGGAGAAAUUGAGGGACUCCACGGUGAACCUGGAGUGGUUGAAGUCAUCAUGGACGACGACGAUGACGAUGACGACGAUGACGAAGAUGGCAGUGAGGACGAUGAUGAUGACGAAGUCGACUCUGCUGACAUGGAAGAUGUUGAAGAUCGAGUUGAAAUUGUCGAUGAGGAUGGUAACCCCAUCGAAGACGACGGAGAAUCGGGAUGGGAGAGCGAGACCAGCGCCGAAGAAGAUGAAGAGCCAGAGGUUGACGAUAUUGACUACGAGGCUGAAGGCCAAGACGAACACGAGGCUCACCUACACGGGUUGGGCCCUGUGGACCUCCUGGAUAAUAUGGCAAGAGCCAUCAUGAGUGGUGACCAGGAUUACGAACCGGAAAUAAUGGAGGCGUUGGACGAGCAUUAUAUGGAUGAUGGUCACGAGGAAGGAGAUGACGACGAAGAAGAGGAUAUUGAGGAUGAAGAAUACAUCUAUGAUGACGAUUAUCCACUAAACGAGACACUGCCGCCAAUGCCAGCUCUUGGGUGGGAUGGAUUUACACCAGAAGUUGAUGAUAGACAUCGCCAACUCUUCUUGCUUGACAAUAACAGACGACCAGUCUUUGCACGAAUGGGCGACCGCAACCCUUUCCCUCCCCGGUUUAUGGCUGGGUCGAAUCGGGAGCUUAGUGAUUUCCGGAGCUACUUCUCUCGCAGCCAUCGUAAUAAUGGACAACAGUCCAACGCAGAUGAUGGCAUUAACCCGCUACUUCGUCGCAGCGACCAGGCUCAAGAAAAUCAGCCGCGACCCGGUCAAUCGAAUUCAAUUGGCCUUCGCUUCCCAGAGGGCUUCUUGGGGCCAGGCAGACACAUGAUCGAUGGCCCGAUGGGCUUCUUGGGAGAGCUCAUGGAAUUCUUGCCAAUCAUGGGGCGUAAUGGAAACCACAACCCACAUGCAUUCCACGUGCAUAUCACUGGUCCCGGUGGCACUCGAAGCGCGGAUCUUGGACCUAUCCGUAGCCUUAGAAACGAUCAGCGCCGGGAUGCUGCUGCUCAGGAGCCCCAUCAAGCAGUCGCUUUCACCCCUGAAUCAACCUUGGAUCGUUAUCAAGAGGAGGCCAGGAUGAUCUUUGGUGGUAACCCUGCCGUGGAAGCUGCCCGACUCAGCAACGCCAUUAUUGCGCAACUGACUCCUGCAGCGAUGGAGCUGGAGAGGAAACUGAAGGCAGAGGAAGAAGAGAAUCAAAAGCGUCAAGAGGAAGCUCGGAAGAAGCGGGAAGAAGAAGAGCGUGUGGCUAGAGAAGCCAGAGAAGCUGAGGAGAGAGCAGAAAGAGAAAGAAAAGAGGCUGAGGAACGCGAAGCUGCUGCAAGACUCGCUGCUGAAGCUGCCGAAGCCGCCGCUCUUGCUGCCAGUCAAAACACCGAAUCACAGUCCGGCGAAGAGAAUCGCAACCAAGGCAGUGGAGCCAUGGAAGGAGUUGAAUCGACCGAGUCUGGAGACGCCACAGCGAAUGAUGGCACAGAUAACACAGCGAGAGCCAAUCUUCCAAGAGUGACAACUAUCAUCAGAGGCGAGGAAGUCGAUGUCACCGAAUUGGGCAUAGAUCCAGAUUACUUGGCGGCUCUUCCUGAGGAGUUCCGAGAGGAAGUCAUUGCUCAAACAGUAAGUGAGAGGCGAUCUCAAGCCCGCGAGGAGGCUGCAUCAGGGGAAACGACCGAAGUGUUCCAAGAAUUUCUUGAUGCUCUGCCGGAGGAGCUACGAUUGGAAAUUGCGCAACAAGAGAGGCAAGAACAGCGUCGUCGUCACCGGGAAGAUAGUCGUCGUCAAGCAGCCGCUGAUGGCCAAGAGGCAAUUCCCACAGAGAUGGACCCAGCUAGCAUUCUACUCACAUUCCCGCCGGAACUUCGCGAACAAGCACUUAUCGACCAGGGUGAAGACAUUAUGGGUCAACUUCCUCCAGACAUGGCUGCCCAGGUGCGAGCACUCACCCAAAAUCGUCCACCAGUGGUUCAUCAGCAACGAGGUAUGCGGCCAAUCGUUCUUCCUGGGGAGAACAAGAAUCAACGGAGGGCUGUUGUGCAGAUGCUCGAUAAAGCCGGUGUAGCCACCUUGGUACGUCUGAUGUUUAUUGCGCAACAAGGCUCUAUCCGAAACUACCUCUUUAGCGUAUUUGCAGAUGUAUGCGAAAACCGACAGACUCGUCUGGAGGUUAUCAGCACCAUCCUGCAAAUUCUCCAGGAUGGCAGCACAGACAUGAAUGCCGUUGAGCGAAGUUUUGGUCAGCUCUCACUUAAAGCUAGAAAGCAGAGAGACAAGGACAAAGAUGCCGAUCAGAAAAACCCACAGGGCCUUAAGAGAACCUUGACUACCAUUGGCAGCCUGACCACCUCUGGCCAGACAAAUUCUGAGACAUCCCCAUUGUUGAUUGUGCAGCAAUGCCUAGAUCUCCUUGUCGACCUAUGCACCAAAAACCCUCACAUUCCUUGGCUCUUCUUGACAGAACACGAGUCCGUGGGGUCUUCUCUCAAGAGGAGUCUCAGCCGUAGAGGAAAGGGCAAAGACGUGAAGGCGCAUAAAUAUGCCAUCAACUCCCUUUUGACCCUGUUGGAUCGCGAGCUUGUAACGGAAAGCUCGCUUGUUAUGACACACCUUGCAGACCUGCUGAACCGAGUCACUCUUCCUCUUCAAAACUUGGAACGCCGACGCAAGGAGACGCAAGAUGAAGACGCAUCGGCUUCAAAGGCAAACGAAGCGGAAGGCCAGGCUCCUGUUACGGAUGCGAACGAGGCAGACCAACAAAAUAGCAACGACCAGACAGCAGAUGGCGAGGCAGCAUCCGCGCCGGCGGCAUCUUCCGAGCAACAAAAGACCGCUGGAUCUGAGGAUUCAAAGGAGCAAUCGAAGAGCACACAGCAGAAGCGUGCCCGUCAACUGCAGCCCCCGGUUAUUCCACCUCAGAAUCUCACCCUCGUGGUUAGGGUAUUCGUUGCCAGAGAAUGUAGCUCAAAGACGUUUCAGAACACCAUCUCUACUAUCAAGAAUUUGUCAGCCAUACCUGGGGCCAAGACCAUCUUUGGACAGGAGUUGGUUAGCCAGGCUCGCUUGCUCAGCAGCAACAUUGUAUCUGAUCUGGAUGAUUUGCUUCCUCACAUUGACGCGGCUACGUCUGGUACCGAAAUCCAAGGGGUCGCCCUCGCCAAGUUCUCACCUGGAGCUUCAGAGCAGAACAAGCUUCUCAGAGUUCUCACCGCACUUGACCAUCUAUUCGAUGGAAAGAAGAAGACAGACGAGGUUGAGGAGGGUGGGCCCAACGAAAACGAGAAGCAAGACCUUGUUACCUCGCUCUAUCACAAUUCGACAUUCUCUACGAUGUGGGAGAAGCUGAGCGCUUGCCUUAGUGCCAUUCGACAACGGGAAAACAUGCUCAAUGUCGCAACAAUACUGCUUCCGUUGAUUGAAUCUCUAAUGGUGGUAUGCAAAAACACCACGACGAACGAUGACCUCUCACACAGCCAAAUUGUCAAGGACAUGCUGUUGUCUAGCCCACAGCCAGAAUCUCGUACGGCGAAUCUCUUCUUCACCUUUACAGAAGACCACCGACGUAUUCUUAAUGAACUCGUGCGACACAACCCAAAGCUCAUGUCUGGCACCUUUGCCUUGCUCGUCAAGAACCCCAAAGUUUUGGAGUUUGACAACAAGCGUAAUUAUUUCAACAGAAGCGUUCACUCGCGGAGCGGCCAGAACCAGAGCCGUCCAUCAUACCCGCCGCUACAGAUUUCAGUUCGCCGAGAGCACGUAUUCCACGACUCAUUCAAAUGGCUUUGCUUCAAGUCAGGCGAUGAGAUGAAAUAUGGCAAGCUCAACAUAAGGUUUAACGGUGAAGAGGGUGUGGACGCUGGCGGUGUGACACGCGAGUGGUUCCAGGUUCUCGCCCGGCAGAUGUUCGAUCCCAACUAUGCUCUAUUCAUUCCAGUUUCGUCUGAUCGUACAACUUUCCAUCCAAACAAGCUGAGCGGCAUUAAUGACGAGCAUUUGAGGUUCUUCAGCUUCAUCGGUCGCAUCAUUGGCAAAGCCUUGUAUGAAGGGCGCCUCCUUGACUGUUUUUUUAGUCGUGCUGUUUACAAGCGCAUUCUUGGAAAAUCUGUGUCUGUCAAGGAUAUGGAAUCGUUUGACCCAGAUUACUACAAAUCUCUUUGCUGGAUGCUGGAAAACGACAUCACCGACAUCAUUACGGAGACAUUUUCUGUCGAAGACGAUGAGUUCGGCGUCACCAAGAUUGUUGAUCUUGUCCCCAACGGCAGAGAGAUCGCGGUAACUGAAGAGAACAAGCACGAAUAUGUGCGUGUUGUGGUUGAGCAUAAACUCCUAUCCUCGGUAAAGGAUCAAAUGGAGAAUUUCUUGAGUGGUUUCCACGACAUUAUUCCUGCAGAGCUAAUCUCAAUCUUUAACGAGCAAGAGUUGGAACUCUUGAUCUCUGGCCUUCCGGAUAUCGACAUUGACGACUGGAAAGCCAAUACUGAGUACCACAACUACAGCCCUUCCUCUCCACAGAUUCAGUGGUUCUGGAGAGCAGUCAGAUCAUUCGACAAAGAAGAACUAGCCAAGUUGCUGCAGUUUGUCACUGGUACAAGCAAGGUCCCUCUCAACGGAUUCAAGGAACUUGAAGGAAUGAACGGAGUAAAUCGAUUCAAUAUCCACCGUGACUACGGAAACAAGGAUCGCCUUCCAUCUACGCACACCUGCUUUAACCAACUUGAUCUCCCCGAGUAUGAUAGCUACGACAUACUUCGCUCGCAAAUCAUUAAAGCAAUCACACAGGGCAGCGAUUAUUUCGGCUUCGCCUAAUGGUGAUAUAGGAUAUGGUGUGAUUUUACAGAAUGGUGGCCGAUGCAUGGCAUUGGCACUUGAGUGGCCGAGAGGAGUAUCCUUGGCAUUUUAUGAUUGUUUGUAGUAUAUAGCUCUUUCAGAGCUCAUGACGGAGAUUCAGAGCUCAUGACGGAGACACGAAAGAACAAAAAAAAAAAGGAGAGAAAAGAGAGAAGAAAAAAAGGGACAAGGCUCCUUCGGAACUUUCGCCUUGCUAGAGAGAAGUGCAGAUCCCUCUGGCACUAGCGAGAGAUUUCGACGUGGGCUGGAAUGGAAAGCAAGGCUUUUGUUUGGUAGGGUGGUUAAAAGACAUUGCUUUCAAGUAGAUUAGGAGGACUACAUAGGCUUAGAAAUGGGCAAAUAAAAUAGGCUAUUCAUGAAACU